AUGAAUAAGGUUUUUGCCGCCUUUUGGUACUCCGGCAUCCUUCACCGCCUCUUUUGCACCGACAGCCUCUCAACCCACCCAUUCGAUCUCAUCACCGACCCCACCACCACCACCACCUUCGAAAACCAUGAGAGCCUCUCACAGCCUCAAUCCGCCAAGAAAGCAGGGACGAAAGCGAAACAACAACAACAAAAUCAAUCUUUUGAGAAGGAGUUGCAAGAAAUGCAAGAAAAGGUUCAACAAUUGAGGAUCGAGAAGGAGCAAACUGAGGAGCUAUUGAAGGCAAGAGAGGAGACUUUGAAGACAGAGGAGGAGGAGCUUGAAGCAAGGGGAAAAAAGCGAGAAAAGCUUCAGAUGGAGCUCAAGAAGUUGCAAAAAAUGAAAGCGAAAGAAAAGGAUCCGUUGAAACCGAAACAACCAAUGUCUGCGUUUUUAAUGUUCAAAAAUGAGCGAAGAGCAGCUCUGCUUGCAGAGAGCAAGGGUGUCUGGGAGGUUGUGGAGAUCAAAGGUGAAGAAUGGAAUAACAUGACAAAGAAACAGAAGAAGCCUUAUGAAAAGAUUGCAAAACAAAACAAGGAAAACUAUUUGGAAGAAAUGGAGGCUUACAAGCAGAGGAAGGAGGAAGAGGAAACAAAAACGGUGUGGUGGGAGGCUGUUCUAUCGCUAGCCCUUCAGGUGCUGUUUGAUGAGUUAGCUUCUGGGGACAUCUUGAAUCUCCUAAACAGAUGGAACAUUGAUGAGCUACUUCUUGACAAGCUCAAGAUUGCUUAUCUGACCAACACUGCUGUGGUUGAUGAUGCAAAGAAAAAGGCAACGAUGUAUUUUGCUGGUGCUCCGAAGGCUGUGUGUUGCACUUCAUCACGACACAGUAACGGGAACAUAGAGAGCAAGGCAUAA